AUGUGCGAUAAACAGCUCUCUUAUCACUCGGUAUCGCAGUCGCAACUUUUUGACCUCGACAACUCUCAAGCCAACACAACUGCAUAUCUGGCAUUCAAGCCAGCCUUCGAAUUACUGCUCCGAGUUAAGACGCAACGCGCACGCUCGAAAAUGCCAAUGAACCUGAGCCUAGGAAAUAAAAAGCCCACGGGGCCAAAACCAGGGAACCCCCUCGGCCAGAAGAGGAAGAAUGUCUUCAAUGAUGACUCUGGCGAUGAAGAUGACCAGAAGAAAACCGAUGCAGUUGAAGUGACUACACUUGGAGGAAUAGAGGAGCCUACACCGAAGGCAAAGCCACAAGGCGCAGGCCCACCGCCGAAGCGCAAGAUGCAAUUCGGAGGUGCCGCCAAGCCAGCCAUCAAACCACUCAGCAAGAACUCGCUGUUUGCAGAUGACGAGGACGAAGAUGAGGCAAAGGAGAAGGAGAAACAAGGUGGAAUGCAUCUGGGGCUGAACCAGACAAAGUCAAAAACUUCGACCGGCCUCAAUAAAGAUUUCACCAACCUCUCAGCAAUGCACAGCAGCAAAAAGCAUGCAAAGGAAGCCGAAGAAAUUGAUCCCUCUAUCUACUCAUAUGAUGCUGUAUACGACAGCCUGCACGCCAAACCAUCCAAAUCUACGGAAAACAAUACCAAGAGCGAAACUCCGAAAUACAUGCAAAACUUGCUACAAAGCGCAGAGAUCAGGAAGCGUGAUCAGCUCCGCGCGAAGGACCGCCAACUUGCCAGGGAACGUGAAGCUGAAGGUGAAGAAUUUGAUGACAAGGAAAAGUUUGUCACUUCUGCAUACAAGGCACAGCAAGAGGAAUUGCGAAAGGCCGAGGAGGAAGAGGCACGCCGUGAACAGGCGGAGGAAGAACGUCGGAAAAAGAGCGGAAAUUCCGGCAUGAUCGGAUUCUAUCGAGACGUUCUUUCUCGAGGCGAAGAACAACAUGAGCAGGCCGUCAAAGCCGCGGACGAAGCUGCUCGUCGUGUUAAAGCAGGCGAGCUUCCAGAAGAACCACAGGGCGAGGACGAAAAGACUGAGGCCCAGAAGGCUGAGGAUCUCAACUCCCACGGUGCUCGUGUUGCUGUUAACGACGAGGGACAAGUUGUCGACAAACGCCAGUUGUUGUCGGCAGGUUUGAACGUCGCACCUAAACCGAAAUCUCAGGCACCGGCCCCCAAAGCAGCCCCACGUCCCGCUGCUCGACCAGUGGCUGGCCAUCAAAACGCUCGCGCUGCCCAAAGAGCUCGACAAACAGACAUGGUUGCCAGUCAAUACGAGGAACGUGCACGACAAGAAGAGGAGGCCGAGGCUGCCAAGCAGAAGGAGAUUGCGGAGAAGAGUCGCAGCCGCAAGACCGAGGGAGAUGUUUCCAGUGCAAAGGAGCGGUACUUGGCAAGAAAGAGGGAACGGGAAGAGGCUGCUGCGAAGGCGAAAGGUGCUUGA